AUGGAUGAUUUGUUGGAUAAUUUCGCAGACCAGAGUCUCGAGUCACCGACGGAGGAGGGUUACAAGUAUCAUUUCAUCAAUGGCAGCCCCGCGGUCUCGGAGCAUGCGAGGCCCGAUCGCACUGCGGCCACAGCUUCAGCUGUUUCGGGCAACGAUGACCCAUUCUUCGACAACGAAGCUUCUGGCAUCCCACAAGGCACUACCUCAGGUGUUGAGGACGAAGCAGAUUACAAUGCUGAUGUCGAUGAUGAUGAUGAAGACGAGCAUAGACGCGAUGAAGCUUCCCGUUACGAAUCUUACCAUCAGGAUCCGACCACUGGGGCAAGCUACAAUGAUAAGUCGCUUCUUGAGAACGACACAGACGAUCUCGAUCCCUCCUUUCACAACGAAGACUACGAUGCCUUCGCGACGCAGCGCACCAACAGCAGAGUGCCCUAUCCGAAUCUUGAGCCAUCUCUUGCUCCAAGCGGUGAUGGACGAGAUGAGUUGGAUGCCUUUGCUCAACACCUACGCCGAAUUCAUCGCCAAGACAUGGAAAGAGAUGAGCUUCUCACUCAGCAAACUUCCUCCCUCGCCUUGAAGCCUGUUAAUCCUGCCGAACAGAAACUCCAUCAAGAAAAUCUGGACUUGAAGAGGACAUUGAAAGAGAGUGUUCCGGGCGGUAACCCAAGGGCGGAAGCAGCUGAGCGGAGCUUGUUUGAGAUUCGCAAAGCCUUAGACAUCAAUCCUUACGUCUGCGUUCUCAUUGACGGAAAAGGUUACAAAAUUCACGAAGAUCUCCUCCAAUCCGGGAAGAUAGGAGGGGCCGAGGCUGCAGACCGAUUGUGGACCGAAGUCUCGAACUACCUCCAACAGUUUGGGGAUGCCAAGUAUUGGGAGAUUAUGGUACACUUCUACAUCGACAUAGAAGGCAUAUUGGCUCGCUGCGUCAGUGCCGACAUCCCUCUGCUCAAUGGCGACGUACGAGGCUUCAUGCUUGGAUUUACACAAGCACGGCCGCUCUUUACUAUUGUAGACGUGGGAAAUGACCCAGGGAAGGUAGCGCGGAAGGUAGAAGGAAUGUUCCACCUCUUCGUCAACAAUGUUCAAUGCAAACACUUGAUCUUCGGGUGCUGUCACAACAGGGCUUACGCAGUCACACUGGAACCUUAUGCCUUCAACCCUAUCACCGCCUUCAGUAUCACUCUGCUGAAGUCGUACGAAGACGACAUAUACUUCGGGGGUCUACCCUUCAGCGCAGUGGAAUUCCCACACGUAUUCCGGUCCACACCCUUCAAAGAAACGGAUAGACUAGCCGAGGAACUCGAUAUCAUGCAGGAUUUCCCACCACAGUCUGGCUCCGGCGGUAUCACGAGACAGGGCGAGAAGACCAGCGCGAAUGAAAUUACAGGGGAAGACGAAGCCCUCGCCAAAUGGCAAGCCGCUUCCAACGCCUCCAUUCCUCUACCGACUCGGUUCCCGCGACCGGCGAAGCCUCAAUCAACCUGGGGUUCCAACCAGACGGUCCUCUUGAACAUCAACGACGAGCGCGUCGACCCUCCCCUUUUAGAAGAAGACUACGACGCGUCAGAGAGCAUGAAAGAUCGCAUGGAAGUCAGGCGGUUCUGUCACUUCUACCAUUUGAUGGGCAAUUGCGUCUCCCUCAAUCCGGGCUUUAGACAGGACUGCAAGUUCCGCCACGGACCUAAAUUGAACCCCGAGGAGAUUGUGGUCCUCAGAAACAACGUGAAGAACCUGCCUUGUGGACGUGGCUCACGAUGCCGUCAACCGGACUGCGUCUUCGGACACAUCUGCCACGAUCAGCCAGGAUGUACGAGGGGAGCUCGGUGCCUACUCCAUAAAUUUCAUGAGGUGGACCCAACGGUGGUUAGAGUGUGGUCUGGACCCAGCGCAGUGGAUCGCAGAAGAUUUUAG